GAAGAAGAGCCAAUCAGUGGAGGAGCAGCUGGAGAAAUGAUGUACAUUUGAGUUGAUGUGCAGAUGAAUGAUGUGUGUUUCUCUCCACAUGAAGGUAGAAAGUGUGUGUGAGCUGAUGUGGAUGUGAACUCAGCAGCAUGGAUCAGUGUGAGGACAGAGAGGAGGGAGCCCCUCCCUCUAAAACCACUCUGUGUGGGGAACAUGAGAGCCAGACCAGAGCUCAGAGAGACACACCACACUCUGCUGGACCUGGACCUGGACCUGGAUCUGGACCUGGACCUGGACCUGGACCUGGACCUGGACCUGGAUCCAGCUGUGUGUCCAUGAAGAGUGAAUUCAGACAAUCUGUUGAUGGAAGGAUCCAGCAGCAGAGACCAGACUCUCCUGAACCCAGCUGUCUGUCUUUAAAGAGCGACCUGUCAAAGGGCAGGCUCAUUGACUUUAAAGGGCGACGUCCAUCAGCUGAUCAGAUAGUGGACCAGGAGAGCUCAGAGGUUCCCAGGUCUCAGUCUGCCCAGCAGCAUCAAACACAGCUGGACUCCAUAUUUAUGCUGCUGGAGGAGAACAUGGUCACUUUUGUCAAGAACGAGCUGAAGAAGAUGCAGAAGCUUCUGAGUCCAGAUUACCCAGAAUGCUCAGGGAGUCAGAGGGAGGAGGAGGAGGUGUUGGACGGUGAGGAUGAAGAGCAGAGGAGGAGCAGCAGAGAGGCAUUUGUGAAGAUCACAGUGAACUUCCUGAGGAGAAUGAAGCAGGAGGAGCUGGCUGACUGUCUGCAGAGCAAAUCUCCUGCUAUGUGCCGACCAAGACUCAAAUCUAACCUGAAGAAGAAGUUCCAGUGUGUGUUUGAGGGGAUCGCUAAAGCAGGAAACCCAACCCUUCUGAACCAGAUCUACACAGAGCUCUACAUCACAGAGGGAGGGACUGGAGAGGUCAAUGAUGAACAUGAGGUCAGACAGAUUGAAACAGCAUCCAGGAAACCAGUCAGACCAGAAACAACCAUCAGACAAGAAGACAUCUUUAAAGCCUCACCCGGAAGAGACGGACCAAUCAGAACAGUGAUGACAAAGGGAGUGGCUGGCAUUGGGAAAACAGUCUUAACACAGAAGUUCACUCUGGACUGGGCUGAAGACAAAGCCAACCAGGACAUACAGUUCACAUUUCCAUUCACCUUCAGAGAGCUGAAUGUGCUGAAAGAGAGAAAGUUCAGCUUGGUGGAACUUGUUCAUCACUUCUUUACUGAAACCAAAGAAGCAGGAAUCUGCAGGUUUGAUCGGUUCCAGGUCGUGUUCAUCUUUGACGGUCUGGAUGAGUGUAGACUUCCUCUGGACUUCCACAACACUGAGAUCCUGACUGAUGUUACAGAGUCCACCUCAGUGGACGUGCUGCUGACAAACCUCAUCAGGGGGAAACUGCUUCCCUCUGCUCGCCUCUGGAUAACCACACGACCUGCAGCAGCCAAUCAGAUCCCUCCUGAGUGUGUUGACGUGGUGACAGAGGUCAGAGGGUUCACUGACCCACAGAAGGAGGAGUACUUCAGGAGGAGGUUCAGAGAUGAGGAGCAGGCCAGCAGGAUCAUCUCCCACAUCAAGACAUCACGAAGCCUCCACAUCAUGUGCCACAUCCCAGUCUUCUGCUGGAUCACUGCUACAGUUCUGGAGGAGGUGUUGAAAACCAGAAGGAGAGGAGGGCUGCCCAAGACCCUGACUGAGAUGUACAUCCACUUCCUGGUGGUUCAGCUAAAACUGAAGAAGGUCAAGUAUGAUGGAGGAUCUGAGACAGAUCCACACUGGAGUCCAGAGAGCAGGAAGAUGAUUGAGUCUCUGGGAAAACUGGCUUUUGAGCAGCUGCAGAAAGGAAACCUGAUCUUCUAUGAAUCAGACCUGACAGAGUGUGGCAUCGAUAUCAGAGCAGCCUCAGUGUACUCAGGAGUGUUCACACAGAUCUUUAAAGAGGAGAGAGGCCUGUACCAGGACAAGGUGUUCUGCUUCGUCCAUCUGAGUGUUCAGGAGUUUCUGGCUGCUCUUCAUGUCCAUCUGACCUUCAUCAACUCUGGACUCAAUCUGAUGUCAGAAGAACAAACAACCUCCAAGAAGUCUGAACCAAGACGAGACGAUUCUGCAGAGACAAGCUUCUACCAGAGAGCUGUGGACGAGGCCUUACAGAGUCCAGACGGACACCUGGACUUGUUCCUCCGCUUCUUCCUGGGUCUUUCACUGCAGACCAAUCAGACUCUCCUGCGAGAUCUGAUGACACAGACAGGAAGUGGCUCACAGACCAAUCAGGAAACAGUCCAGUACAUCAAGAAGAAGAUUGAAGAGACUCCCUCUGCAGAGAAAAGCAUCAACCUGUUCCACUGUCUGAAUGAACUGAAUGAUCGUUCUCUAGUGAAGCAGAUCCAACAGUCCCUGAGAUCAGGACGUCUCUCCACAGAUAAACUGUCUCCUGCUCAAUGGUCAGCUCUGGUCUUCAUCUUACUGUCCUCAGAAGAAGAUCUGGACGUGUUUGAUCUGAAGAAAUACUCUGCUUCAGAGGAGGCUCUUCUGAAGCUGCUGCCAUUGAUCAAAGUCUCUAACAAAGCUGUGUAAGUGUAGAGAGAGUUGAUGUAUUCAUCAUUAUAUAAAGACACUUCUGUCUUUUCAACAAGAGAAAAUAACUUCCUUUCUUCUUUAAUUCCUCAUGAUCAUCUCUUCAGACUGAGUGACUGUAACCUCUCAGAGAGAAGCUGUGAAGCUCUGUCCUCAGUCCUCAGCUCCCAGUCCUCUAGACUGAGACACCUGGACUUGAGUCACAACGAGCUGCAGGACUCGGGAGUGAAGCUGUUGUCUGCUGGACUGGAGAGUCCACUCUGUUCACUGGAGACUCUCAGGUCAGGAUCCAUCAACCUUUUAUCUGAUGACUGUUUAACAGAGCACCAGGUGUUGACAGAGGGUUCCUGUGUGUUGUUUUGUGUGUUCAGUCUGUCAGGAUGUCUGGUCACAGAGGAAGGCUGUGCUUCUCUGGCCUCAGCUCUGAGCUCCAACCCCUCCCACCUGAGAGAGCUGGACCUGAGCUACAAUCAUCCAGGAGACUCAGGACUGAAGCUUCUGUCUGCUGGACUGGAGGAUCCAGACUGGAGACUGGACACUCUCAGGGCGGAGCCUGGUGGAGUCCGAUGGUUGACACCAGGUCUGAGGAAGUAUUCCUGUGAACUCACAAUCGACACAAACACAGUGAACAGAAGGAUCAAACUGUCUGACAACAACAGGAAGGUGACACAUGUGGAGGAGGAUCAGUCAUAUCCUGAUCAUUCAGACAGAUUUGACUGGUGUCUUCAGCUGCUGUGUUCAACUGGUCUGACUGGUCGCUGUUACUGGGAGGUCGAGUGGAGAGGAGUGGUUGAUGUAUCAGUGAGUUACAGAGGCAUCACAAGGAAAGGAAACAGAGACGAGUGUGUGUUUGGAGAGAACGAUCAGUCCUGGAAUCUGUUCUGCUCUGAUGCUGGUUACUCUGUCUUUCACAAUAACAGAAAAACAUCUGUCUACUCUUUCUCCUCCUCCUCCUCCUCCUCCUCCUCCUCCUCCUCCUCCUCCUCUGUCUCUGACAGAGUAGCAGUGUAUUUGGACUGUCCUGAUGGCUCUCUGUCCUUCUACAGAGUCUCCUCUAACAAACUGAUCCACCUCCACACCUUCAACACCACCUUCACUGAACCUCUGUAUCCUGGGUUUGGCUUCUGGUCCUGGUCCAGGCCUGGUUCCUCAGUGGCGUCAAAUGGAGACUCUUCUUCUCCAACUCUGUUUGAACCAAGUAUGGAUCAGUGUGAGGACAGAGAGGAGGGAGCCCCUCCCUCUAAAACCACUCUGUGUGGGGAACAUGAGAGAAAGACCAGAGCUCAGAGAGACACACCACACUCUGCUGGACCUGGACCUGGACCGGGACCUGGACCUGGACCUGGACCUGGACCGGGACCUGGACCUGGACCUGUUGCAAAGAGGAGGAAACUGGAAGAACCUGGAUCCAGCUGUGUGUCCAUGAAGAGUGACCAGUCCAUGGAGUUUUCUGUUAAUUUCAGACAAUCUGUUGAUGGAAGGAUCCAGCAGCAGAGACCAGACUCUCCUGAACCCAGCUGUCUGUCUUUAAAGAGCGACGGGUCUAUGGGCAGGAUCAUUGAGUUUAAAGGGCGACGUCCAUCAGCUGAUCAGAUAGUGGACCAGGAGAGCUCAGAGGUUCCCAGUGCUCAGUCUGCCCAGCAGCAUCAAACACAGCUGGACUCCAUAUUUAUGCGGCUGGAGGAGAACAUGGUCACUUUUGUCAAGAACGAGCUGAAGAAGAUGCACAAGCUUCUGAGUCCAGAUUACCCAGAAUGCUCAGGGAGUCAGAGGGAGGAUGAGGAGCUGUUGGACGGUGAGGAUGAAGAGCAGAGGAGCAGCAGAGAGGCAUUUGUGAAGAUCGCAGUGAACUUCCUGAGGAGAAUGAAGCAGGAGGAGCUGGCUGACUGUCUGCAGAGCAAAUCUCCUGCUAUGUGCCGACAGAGACUCAAAUCUAACCUGAAGAAGAAGUUCCAGUGUGUGUUUGAGGGGAUCUCUAAAGCAGGAAACCCAACCCUUCUGAACCAGAUCUACACAGAGCUCUACAUCACAGAGGGAGGGACUGGAGAGGUCAAUGAUCAACAUGAGGUCAGACAGAUUGAAACAGCAUCCAGGAAACCAGACAGACCAGAAACAACCAUCAGACAAGAAGACAUCUUUAAAGCCUCACCUGGAAGAGACGGACCAAUCAGAACAGUGAUGACAAGGGGAGUGGCUGGCAUUGGGAAAACAGUCUUAACACAGAAGUUCACUCUGGACUGGGCCGAAGACAAAGCCAACCAGGACAUACAGUUCACAUUUCCAUUCACCUUCAGAGAGCUGAAUGUGCUGAAAGAGAGAAAGUUCAGCUUGGUGGAACUUGUUCAUCACUUCUUUACUGAAACCAAAGAAGCAGGAAUCUGCAGGUUUGAUCGGUUCCAGGUCGUGUUCAUCUUUGACGGUCUGGACGAGUGUAGACUUCCUCUGGACUUCCACAACACUGAGAUCCUGACCGAUGUUACAGAGUCCACCUCAGUGGACGUGCUGCUGACAAACCUCAUCAGGGGGAAACUGCUUCCCUCUGCUCGCCUCUGGAUAACCACACGACCUGCAGCAGCCAAUCAGAUCCCUCCUCAGUGUGUUGACGUGGUGACAGAGGUCAGAGGGUUCACCGACCCGCAGAAGGAGGAGUACUUCAGGAAGAGGUUCAGAGAUGAGGAGCAGGCCAGCAGGAUCAUCUCCCACAUCAAGACAUCACAAAGCCUCCACAUCAUGUGCCACAUCCCAGUCUUCUGCUGGAUCACUGCUACAGUUCUGGAGGAGGUGUUGAAAACCAGAGAGGGAGGAGAGCUGCCCAAAACCAUGACUGAGAUGUACAUCCACUUCCUGGUGGUUCAGUCCAAACUGAAGAAGGUCAAGUAUGAUGGAGGAUCUGAGACAGAUCCACACUGGAGUCCAGAGAGCAGGAAGAUGAUUGAGUCUCUGGGAAAACUGGCUUUUGAGCAGCUGCAGAAAGGAAACCUGAUCUUCUAUGAAUCAGACCUGACAGAGUGUGGCAUCGAUAUCAGAGCAGCCUCAGUGUACUCAGGAGUGUUCACACAGAUCUUUAAAGAGGAGAGAGGCCUGUACCAGGACAAGGUGUUCUGCUUCGUCCAUCUGAGUGUUCAGGAGUUUCUGGCUGCUCUUCAUGUCCGUCUGACCUUCAUCAAGUCUGGAGUCAAUCUGAUGUCAGAAGAACAAUCAACCUCCAAGACGUCUGAACCAAGACGAGACAAAUCCACAGAGACAAACCUCUACCAGAGAGCUGUGGACGAGGCCUUACAGAGUCCAAAUGGACACCUGGACUUGUUCCUCCGCUUCCUCCUGGGUCUUUCACUGCAGACCAAUCAGACUCUCCUACGAGGUCUGAUGUUACAGACAGGAAGUGGCUCACAGACCAAUCAGGAAACAGUCCAGUACAUCAAGAAGAAGAUCGAAGAGACUCCCUCUGCAGAGAAAAGCAUCAACCUGUUCCACUGUCUGAAUGAACUGAACGAUCGUUCUCUAGUGAAGCAGAUCCAACAGUCCGUGAGAUCAGGACGUCUCUCCACAGAUAAACUGUCUCCUGCUCAAUGGUCAGCUCUGGUCUUCAUCUUACUGUCCUCAGAAGAACAUCUGGACGUGUUUGACCUGAAGAAAUACUCUGCUUCAGAGGAGGCUCUUCUGAAGCUGCUGCCAGUGGUCAAAGCCUCUAAGAAAGCUGUACUGAGUGACUGUAACCUCUCAGAGAGAAGCUGUGAAGCUCUGGCCUCAGUCCUCAGCUCCCAGUCCUCUAGUCUGAGACACCUGGACCUGAGUAACAACGACCUGCAGGACUCAGGAGUGAAGCUGUUGUCUGCUGGACUGGAGAGUCCACUCUGUACACUGGAGACUCUCAGUCUGUCAGGAUGUCUGGUCACAGAGGAAGGCUGUGCUUCUCUGGCCUCAGCUCUGAGCUCCAACCCCUCCCACCUGAGAGAGCUGGACCUGAGCUACAAUCAUCCAGGAGACUCAGGACUGAAGCUUCUGUCUGCUGGACUGGAGGAUCCAGACUGGAGACUGGACACUCUCAGGGCGGAGCCUGGUGGAGUCCGAUGGUUGACACCAGGUCUGAGCAAGUAUUCCUGUGAACUCACAAUCAACACAAACACAAUGAACAGAAGGAUCAAACUGUCUGACAACAACAGGAAGGUGACACAUGUGGAGGAGGAUCAGUCAUAUCCUGAUCAUCCAGACAGAUUUGACCACUGGUCUCAGCUGCUGUUUUCAACUGGUCUGACUGGUCGCUGUUACUGGGAGGUCGAGUGGAGAGGAAGGGUUUAUAUAUCAGUGAAUUACAGAGGAAUCAGCAGGAGAGGAAACAGUAAUGACUCUGUGUUUGGAAGGAACGAUCAGUCCUGGAGUCUGAACUGCUCUGAUGCUCGUUACUCUGUCUGUCACAAUGACAUAAAAACAUCUGUCUACUCCUUCUCCUCCUCCUCCUCCUCCUCCUCCUCCUCCUCCUCCUCCUCCUCCUCCUCCUCCUCCUCUGUCCCUAACAGAGUAGCAGUGUAUGUGGACUGUCCUGCUGGCUCUCUGUCCUUCUACAGAGUCUCCUCUAACAAACUGAUCCACCUCCACACCUACAACACCACCUUCACUGAACCUCUGUAUCCUGGGUUUGGAGUCCGGUUUGGCUCUGUGUCCCUGCCCCUGCACUUUCAUGGCAAUUGGCUCUGGUGGAGCAGACGUGAGGAGAGAGGCCAGCAGGAAGUCAUGGAGGAGGAGGUGAGCGUGGAGUAUUUACUGGAGCAGGUGAUGCACAACGACGCGGGGAAGAGGCUCCAGGUGGGCCAGGAGGUCACAGAGCUCAUCCUGGACGGGGAGAAGUCCCCCGAGCUGGAGCAGGACCAGGCCACGCUGGACAGGAUGGUGGAGGCGGUGGCCGGCUCCUGGGUCAACUCCAGCAACUUCAAGGCGUCAGAUGGAGCCUCUUCUUCUCCAACUCUGUUUGAACCAAGUUGUGGAUGUGAACUCAGCAGCAUGGAUCAGUGUGAGGACAGAGAGGAGGGAGCCCCUCCCUCUAAAACCACUCUGUGUGGGGAACAUGAGAGAAAGAUCAGAGCUCAGAGAGACACACCACACUCUGCUGGACCUGGACCUGGACCUGGACCUGGACCUGGACGUAGACGUAGACCUGGACCUGGACCUGGACCUGUUGCAAAGAGGAGGAAACAGGAAGAACCUGGAUCCACCUGUGUGUCCAUGAAGAGUGACGGGUCCAUGGAUCGUCCUCUUCAAGUCAGAAGAUCAAGAAGGAUCCAGCAGCAGAGACCAGACUCUCCUGAACCCAGCUGUCUGUCUUUAAAGAGCGACCGGUCAAAGGGCAGGCUCAUUGACUUUAAAGGGCGACGUCCAUCAGCUGAUCAGAUAGUGGACCAGGAGAGCUCAGAGGUUCCCAGGUCUCAGUCUGCCCAGCAGCAUCAAACACAGCUGGACUCCAUAUUUAUGCUGCUGGAGGAGAACAUGGUCACUUUUGUGAAGAAUGAGCUGAAGAAGAUGCACAAGCUUCUGAGUCCAGAUUACCCAGAAUGCUCAGGGAGUCAGAGGGAGGAUGAGGAGGUGUUGGACGGUGAGGAUGAAGAGCAGAGGAGGAGCAGCAGAGAGGCAUUUGUGAAGAUCACAGUGAACUUCCUGAGGAGAAUGAAGCAGGAGGAGCUGGCUGACUGUCUGCAGAGCAAAUCUCCUGCUAUGUGCCGACCGAGACUCAAAUCUAACCUGAAGAAGAAGUUCCAGUUUGUGUUUGAGGGGAUCGCUAAAGUAGGAAACCCAACCCUUCUGAACCAGAUCUACACAGAGCUCUACAUCACAGAGGGAGGGACUGGAGAGGUCAAUGAUGAACAUGAGGUCAGACAGAUGGAAACCGCAUCCAGGAAACCAGUCAGACCAGAAACAACCAUCAGGCAAGAAGACAUCUUUAAAGCCUCACCUGGAAGAGACAGACCAAUCAGAACAGUGAUGACACUGGGAGUGGCUGGCAUUGGGAAAACAGUCUUAACACAGAAGUUCACUCUGGACUGGGCUGAAGACAAAGCCAACCAGGACAUACAGUUCACAUUUCCAUUCACCUUCAGAGAGCUGAAUGUGCUGAAAGACAGAAAGUUCAGCUUGGUGGAACUUGUUCAUCACUUCUUUACUGAAACCAAAGAAGCAGGAAUCUGCAGGUUUGAUCAGUUCCAGGUCGUGUUCAUCUUUGACGGUCUGGAUGAGUGUCGACUUCCUCUGGACUUCCACAACACUGAGAUCCUGACUGAUGUUACAGAGUCCACCUCAGUGGACGUGCUGCUGACAAACCUCAUCAGGGGGAAGCUGCUUCCCUCUGCUCGCCUCUGGAUAACCACACGACCUGCAACAGCCAAUCAGAUCCCUCCUGAGUGUGUUGACGUGGUGACAGAGGUCAGAGGGUUCAAUGACCCACAGAAGGAGGAGUACUUCAGGAAGAGGUUCAGAGAUGAGGAGCAGGCCAGCAGGAUCAUCUCCCACAUCAAGACAUCACGAAGCCUCCACAUCAUGUGCCACAUCCCAGUCUUCUGCUGGAUCACUGCUACAGUUCUGGAGGAGGUGUUGAAAACCAGAGAGGGAGGAGAGCUGCCCAAGACCCUGACUGAGAUGUACAUCCACUUCCUGGUGGUUCAGUCCAAACUGAAGAAGGUCAAGUAUGAUGGAGGAUCUGAGACAGAUCCACACUGGAGUCCAGAGAGCAGGAAGAUGAUUGAGUCUCUGGGAAAACUGGCUUUUGAGCAGCUGCAGAAAGGAAACCUGAUCUUCUAUGAAUCAGACCUGACAGAGUGUGGCAUCGAUAUCAGAGCAGCCUCAGUGUACUCAGGAGUGUUCACACAGAUCUUUAAAGAGGAGAGAGGCCUGUACCAGGACAAGGUGUUCUGCUUCGUCCAUCUGAGUGUUCAGGAGUUUCUGGCUGCUCUUCAUGUCCAUCUGACCUUCAUCAAGUCUGGACUCAAUCUGAUGUCAGAAGAACAAUCAACCUCCAAGAAGUCUGAACCAAGACGAGACAAAUCUGCAGAGACAAACUUCUACCAGAGAGCUGUGGACGAGGCCUUACAGAGUCCAAAUGGACACCUGGACUUGUUCCUCCGCUUCCUCCUGGGUCUUUCAGUGCAGACCAAUCAGACUCUCCUACGAGGUCUGAUGUCACAGACAGGAAGUGACUCAAAGACCAAUCAGGAAACAGUCCAGUACAUCAAGAAGAAGAUCGAAGAGACUCCCUCUGCAGAGAAAAGCAUCAACCUGUUCCACUGUCUGAAUGAACUGAAUGAUCGUUCUCUAGUGGAGCAGAUCCAACAGUCCCUGAGAUCAGGACGUCUCUCCACAGAUAAAAUGUCUCCUGCUCAAUGGUCAGCUCUGGUCUUGAUCUUACUGUCCUCAGAAGAAGAUCUGGACGUGUUUGACCUGAAGAAAUACUCUGCUUCAGAGGAGGCUCUUCUGAAGCUGCUGCCAGUGGUCAAAGCCUCUAAGAAAGCUGUACUGAGUGGCUGUAACCUCUCAGAGAGAAGCUGUGAAGCUCUGUCCUCAGUCCUCAGCUCCCAGUCCUCUAGUCUGAGACACCUGGACCUGAGUAACAACGACCUGCAGGACUCGGGAGUGAAGCUGUUGUCUGCUGGACUGGAGAGUCCACUCUGUACGCUGAAGACUCUCAGUCUGUCAGGAUGUCUGGUCACAGAGGAAGGCUGUGCUUCUCUGGCCUCAGCUCUGAGCUCCAACCCUUCCCACCUGAGAGAGCUGGACCUGAGCUACAAUCAUCCAGGAGACUCAGGACUGAAGCUUCUGUCUGCUGGACUGGAGGAUCCAGACUGGAGACUGGACACUCUCAGGGCGGAGCCUGGUGGAGUCCGAUGGUUGACACCAGGUCUGAGGAAGUAUUCCUGUGAACUCACAAUCGAUACAAACACAGUGAACAGACAGAUCAAACUGUCUGACAACAACAGGAAGGUGACACAUGUGGAGGAGGAUCAGUCAUAUCCUGAUCAUCCAGACAGAUUUGACCAGUGUCCUCAGCUGCUGUGUUCAACUGGUCUGACUGGUCACUGUUACUGGGAGGUCGAGUGCAGAGGAGGGGUUGAUAUAUCAGUGAGUUACAAAGGAAUCAGAAGGAAAGGAAACAGUGAGGAGUGUGUGUUUGGAGAGAACGAUCAGUCCUGGAGACUGUUCUGCUCUGAUGAUGAUUACUCUGUCCGUCACAAUGACAGAGUAACAUCUGUCUCCUCUUCCUCCUCCUCGUCUGUCUCUCACAGAGUAGCAGUGUAUUUGGACUGUCCUGGUGGCUCUCUGUCCUUCUACAGAGUCUCCUCUAACAAACUGAUCCACCUCCACACCUUCAACACCACCUUCACUGAACCUUUGUAUCCUGGGUUUGGAGUCUGGUUCAGGUCACCUGGUUCCUCAGUGUCUCUGUGUUGAAUGUAGCAGGGAGAGAAACAUUCUCACUGUUGAACAGAUAGUUCAGUCUCUACAUGUCUGUCUCUUUCUAUCACAAGCAUCUUUUCAGAUUCAUGUAUUAAUAAAUCAGUAAAGAUUUUGAUUAAAGGAUUUGGGAACCCUAUGAAGC